AUUUGCGAAGAAGGUGGAUCCUCCUUUCGGCUCGCGGGGAAAACAUGGCCACUUUCAGUGUCAGCCGGUGCCGCUGGAUUCGAUGGAUUCUUACAGCCGUGAACAUUUUGUUGUGGGUGGAUCAUGGACGAUCUCAGUCGACGACCCUUAGCCCCGGGAGUUGCGAGGUAGAUGAUCCAGGCGAAGUUGCUGAGAAGGUUGUGGAGAAACAACAUCGUCAGGACUCGCUGAAUUUGUUGUUGUUUUUGAUCUUGUUGGUGAUAACCAUCCUCACAACAUGGCUAUUCAAACAUCACCGGUUCAGGUUUAUGCACGAAACUGGACUGGCGAUGAUCUAUGGUGUGAUAGUUGGAGUCAUCGUUUACUACGUCUCCAAGGGCAGCGGAGAGGCAUCGAUGGUCUACACCCAGGAGGGGUCCUGCGGAGAGGUCAACGCCCCCAUGGACAUGUACCUCCACCUCACGUACGAGGACUUCGGGGAGCACACGGCCAACGUGACGUUCCUCUACAUCCGAGACAGCGUGGUGGGACAGGUACAGGCCAGGUCCAGAGACUUUGGCGCAAAGCUGCAAUUUGAUCCAGAGAUUUUCUUCAACAUCCUUCUGCCACCCAUCAUAUUCUAUGCAGGAUACAGCUUGAAAAGAAGACACUUCUUUCGGAACCUUGGAUCGAUCCUCACAUUUGCUUUUGCCGGGACAGCCAUAUCCUUCUUGGUCGUUGGUGGCAUCAUGUAUCUGUUUGUGAUUGUUAUCAUGAAGGAGACCAGGGUUACAAGCCAAGAUUGUUUUCUCUUCGGAGCACUCAUCUCUGCUACCGACCCAGUGACUGUCAUAGCAGUGUUCCAAGACCUGCAUGUUGAUGUGGACAUGUUUAUUCUGGUCUUUGGGGAGAGUGUACUCAACGAUGCUGUGGCUAUUGUACUGACCAGGACAGUAGAAGAGUUUUCUGACACGGCUUUCACGGCAGGAGGUUUCUUCAGAUCAUUAGGCCUCUUCGCUGGGAUUUUCAUGGGCUCCUUUGCCAUGGGCGCCGCUAUGGGCAUUAUUACAGCUAUUAUUACCAAAUUUACACGUUUGAGAGAUCACCCUCUCCUAGAAACAGCUUUAUUCACACUGAUGUCAUAUAGCUGCUAUCUUAUGGCUGAAGCUGCACAACUAACAGGUAUUGUUGCUGUUUUGUUCUGUGGAGUCACGCAAGCUCACUAUACAUACAAUAAUUUAUCAGAGGAAUCAAAGAGGAGAACCAAGGAGACAUUUCAAUUGCUGAAUUUCUUAGCAGAAAGCUUCAUCUUUUCUUACAUGGGUCUAUCCGUCUUCAAUCAUUCAAACAAGCAGUUUAGUGUGGGCUUCACGGGUGCGGCGUUUUUUGGCAUUAUUCUAGGGAGAUCACUGAAUAUUUAUCCACUAUCAUUUCUACUUAAUCUGGGGCGGAAAGAGAAGAUCCCAUGGAAUGUACAACAUAUGCUUUUCUUCUCAGGCCUGCGAGGGGCCAUUGCUUUUGCGUUAGCGAUCCGUAACAAGGCCACCUACGGCCAGGAGCUCAUCUUAACGACAACCCUCAUCAUCGUUCUCGUGACGGUCAUCUUCUGUGGAGGAAUAACGACACAGAUGCUAGCCUGGCUCAAGAUUCGCGUUGGGGUGUCCGAUGAUGAUUCCAACCAAAAUGCUUUCCACGCGGGAUCGUCCAUGGCUUAUUCACAGAUAUCAGAGCAGGAGAGCCGACUAAAAAGGAGAAAACAGCAGGCCUGGGUCAUCAGAAAGUGGUACGACUUUGAUUAUAGGUUCCUUAAACCAAUCUUCACCAAGAAAGGCGCCGACUUGAGAGAAAACGUGCCAACGUGUUGCUUACCUUUAGCAGUGUGUUUAACAGUACAGGAUGAUAACCCGAGCAUCAACGAUGACAGCGACGACGAUUUCAUCCUCGUAGAUGACAUCAACCCGAGCAUGCCCGACACCAACGGUGCAAGCAGCGGGCCAGCGGACGACCAGGGCCCACGAACGCUGGAUGAUGAAGGCGUACUUGAGGGGGACCUGGGGUUGGGGGAUCAUCAGCUAAGAUCAAGGGGGAUAAUUGGGUCCAACGACCCCGCCCCUACCAGUGUAUAACUAGAGUGGAGAUGGUGGUAGUGGUAGAGGUAGAGAUGUUAUGUAAUAGUACACUCAGACUUACUUACCAAAGGUUCAGGGGGACCUAGGGUUGGGGGAUCAUCAGCUAAGAUCACGGGGGAUUUUCGGGUCCAACGACCCCGCCCCUACCAGCGUAUAACUAGAGUGGAGAUGGUGGUAGUGGUGGAGAUGUUAUGUAAUAGUACACUCAGACUUACUUACUACAGUAGUCCCUGUGUGAAGUGUUAGGGGAUCCAACGGCCCCGCCCUUGCCCGAGUAGGAUAGAGAUGGUGGUACA